GUUUUCGCGCAUUUCUGCUGUCAUUCGGUGUUUCACCUGGGAUCGGAAUUAUCAGCUGCAGUGAUUGUAGAAAUUUAUUAUGCGGUUAAUUUUCCUGCUGGUUGGUGUUUGCGCGUACGGCGUCGCAGGCGUGCACGGAGAAUGCCGGGAAGUCCCUGAUGACAAAAGCGUGACCGGUGGGCAAGAUGCGGCGGGCUCCCAGACCAAGUGGGCAGAUGAGAAGGGCAACCCUUGCGAACCGGCUGAAUCAACCGAGGCACCAGCCGACGCAGCCACGGACGCGGCAACCGACAGCGCCACCGAAGCCGCUAACGACACUGCUACCGAAACCACAACCGAAACUGCUACCGAAACCGCCACUGAAUCUGCCACCGAAGCCGCAACAGAAGCCGCAGUCGCAGUAUCGGCGAAGAAACCUACCGGAAUAAUCACCCAUACUAUAACCAUGACGUACACCAGCGAUGCACAACGCGAUGCGCUGCUGCAGAAGAUUCUGGCCAUCUGGAAGAUUGUCAUUACCACGCAAUUCAAGGGUUCGGAUGUCAGUAUUAAAUUUGUCAGCGCGAAACCCGGCGCGACGGCUAAUUCCAAGACUGUCACGUACACUAUCUCCUUCGCUGGACCCAAGCUCGAUACACAACUGGUGCUGCAAAAAUUCAAAACCCAGUUUAGUUCCAGCAAGAUUGAGGGCGUGACGCUGACUGAAGACACGCCCACAACCAGCACCAGCAAAGUCGCCGUUGGUCCGCCGACCAUGAAGACCCUGCGUCACACCAUCUUGAUUCGCUAUGCGACACCGCAGCAACGCGAAAACCUGAUGAAACUCGUCAUGAAACUGUGGAGCACCGUUCUCACGACCUACUAUCAGGCAUCAGAAGUGAACUAUAACUUCAUCAGCGACGCACCAACUGAUAUGAAAGGCUACAAAGCGGUGACAUACGAUGUGCUCUUCACCACCACACUGCAGACCAUCAACAUCCAGGACAUUCAGCUGAAAUUCCAGGCCCAGUAUCAAAUUAAAAAGGUCCCGGGUACCAUGCUGCUGGAAGGCAGUCCUUCUCUUACCGGUAACGUUAAGAUCGAGAACCAAACCAUCAUCCAUACCAUCAUUAUGAAGUAUGAGACGGAAGACCAGCGCGAUACCAUCUUGAAAAUGAUCCUGGAUGUAUGGAGGCUUGUCCUGUUGAAAUUCGGCGUCAAGGAUGUCCGCGUGGAGUAUGUGGACGAAAAGCAACAGAAGAUUAGCUCGGCCAAGAUUAUCACCUACAAAAUUAUCUAUAUGGGAAAGAAGGUGAAGGUCAGCUAUAAAGUCUUGCUGGACAUGUUUGCGGCGCAAUUUAAAAUCCAUUCAGUUACCGGUGUUACGCUGCUGACGGAUAUCGCCACCGCUUUAAGUACGCACACCGUCACACAGAGUUUAUUAAAUACGCUGGGCAUCAGCUACACAACCGAGGAGCAACGCGAUGAAAAACUGCAGCAAAUUCUGCAAAUAUGGACGGUGAUUCUCGCCCAGUAUGGCUACAAGAAUCCUCGCAUCACGGUGGUCAGCGAAGAACCCGUACCCACCAAGAUCCUCAAAUACAAGAUCGAGUACGAAGGCGACGCCAUUAGCAACGUUACCGAUGAGUUCAACGCCGAGUUCGGCAUCAAUCUUUUCCCGAAUAUCAUGUUGGUCGAAGGCAGCAAAGAAGUGAACACCACCACCCAACCACCGCCCACAACCACCACCAAAGUCUCCAUCGCGACACCGAGACGCAAACCGACCACCACCACAACCGAAGCGCCUCCUCCCGACACCGAAGCCCCAUCGCCACCUCCCGAAACCGAGGCCCCCACUACUACUCCGACGGAAGCGCCACCGCCUCCGGAUACUGAAGCGCCGACCACCACGGAAGCGCCACCACCUCCAGAUACCGAAGCACCAACCACCACGGAAGCCCCACCGCCGGACACCGAAGCCCCCACCACGACCGGAGCGCCUCCUCCACCCUACCCGACACCGGCGCCCCCGAAGUCUACUCCCAAGAAGACACCAGCUCCACCAAAGCCCACGGUGAAACCUACACCGAAACCGCCAGCACCGACUCCGAAACCCCCGGCUCCGACACCGAAGCCACCGGGUCCGACGGCGAAACCGACACCGGCGAAGACCCCGGCGCCGCCACCCAAGACACCGGCUCCGCCACCCAACCCCCGUCCGACGGUACCGCGUGGCCGCCGCCGUACGGUGUUCGAUCGCAAAUAAGCCGAGGAUUCGUUUGCGCGUUGGUAUUAAUUUUCUCGUUUCCUAAACUUUUUUGUCUGUCUUGUUAAGGGGUUCAAACUUUAUUUUGGAAAUGUGCCGAUCAAUUCACGGCAUAGCAGUCGUUAUUCAGUUUAAUGUUCAAUAA